UGGUUGUUUCCUGUUUGGACCAAAUCUAAAUGUGGUAUGCUCCAUGAAUGCCUUCCUACCUUCUCUGAUCUCAGGACCCGAGUUUCGGCCUGUGUGGAGGGAUUAGGUACUGAAUGAAUGCGCUACGAUUCUCUGGGGGAGAAAAAGAUCGGAUUUUGAUGUGGUUUUAGGCCUGGGAACCCAACGAAAACCUCGACUUUUGCUUCCAGGAUUGGGGUUCUUUUGGCUUUGGAGACGUGGGUGAUGCCUUCUGCCCCUCUUUUUGAUGGUGUCAAAGCGAAAGAGAUUAGGGAAAUCCGAAUUGGUCGGCUUCAAUGGGUCUAAAGCAUUUGUAAGAGCGGAGAUCAGGACCUGUGAGUGAUCUUUUCUCCCAAUUUUAUUCGUUGUUUUGGAUGCGUUCCUUCUUAUGCUGUCGUUUGGGAUUAUGGUUUUCGAUUCGAUCUCCGCUCGGAACGCAUAGCAUGGCGUGGAAAUGUUGGUUAAAGAUCGCACUUUUAUGCUUUGUCUCCCUCGUAUCGGUGGUGUUGGGCACCACGGACUCCGGAGAUUACGCCGUUCUUGAUGAAUUCCGGAGAGGGUUGUCCAACCCGGAGCUGCUCAGAUGGCCUACCAACAGCAAAGAUCCCUGCGGCCCUCCUCAAUGGCCUCACAUCUUCUGCUCCGGCUCUCGGGUCACUCAGAUUCAGGUCCAGGACUUGGGAUUGAGCGGGCCUCUGCCGCACGACUUCAACAAGCUCGCCAUGCUCAGCAAUAUUGGUCUUCAGAGGAACAAAUUCACCGGAAAUCUGCCAUCUUUCAAUGGUCUGUCCAAUCUCCAGUAUGCCUAUCUUGGCGGCAAUCAGUUCGACACCAUUCCGACGGAUUUCUUCGUCGGCCUCAGUAGUUUGCAGGUUCUAACUUUGGAGAAUAACCCUCUGAAUCAGAGUACUGGAUGGACCUUGCCCCCGGACUUGGCGCAUUCAGCGCAGUUGAUGAAUCUGUCACUAUCUCAUUGUAAUCUCGUUGGCCCGCUGCCAGAAUUUCUGGGAAGCAUGAAGUCUUUGACUGUUCUAAAGCUGUCCUACAACAAUCUCAUCGGGGGGAUUCCUGUGAGUUACUCAGGUUUGCCGUUGCAGAUUCUAUGGCUGAACAAUCAGGAAGGUCCAGGGUUGACGGGGUCGAUCGAGAUCAUUACUAACAUGACAUUGUUGAAUGACGUUUGGCUUCAUGAAAAUCAGUUCUCAGGGCUGAUCCCCGAUUCGAUCAGUGCCUUGAGUUUGUUGACACGGCUGUGGCUCAACAACAACCGGCUCGUCGGUCCUGUUCCUGAGAGUUUGAUUAACAUGUCACAGCUUCAGUCGUUGCGAUUAGAUGAUAAUAUGCUCGUGGGGACAGUUCCAAAAUUGAGCAUCAGUAACUUCACCUAUGCUGGUAAUUCGUUUUGCCAAAAUACUCCAGGAGUGCCUUGCUCAGCAGAAGUCACUGCACUUUUGGAUUUCCUUAAAGACGUGAACUAUCCAACAAGGCUCUCAGAUUCUUGGUUUGGCAAUGAUCCUUGCACUAGUUCAUGGCUUGGUAUUUCCUGCUCAAACAACAACGUUUCUGUUAUAAAUCUGCCGAACUAUCAAUUAAAUGGCACGAUCAGCGAAUCUCUGGGUGCGUUGGAUUCUCUUGUGUAUGUGUUGCUUGGUGGUAACAAUCUUGCUGGCCCAAUUCCUGAUAACAUGUCGAGCUUGAAAUCUUUAAAAAUGUUGAACCUUUCUUUCAAUAAUAUCUCACCUCCUGUUCCACGAUUUCCUACUAGUGUGAAAGUCCUACUUGAUGGGAAUAAGUUGUUGCAGAAUCCUCCUUCACCGGGAUCCCCUCCUGGUGUUGGCCUUCCUGGUGUUAGUCCCCCAUCAACUGACUCACCUACCCCUCCUAACCAACCAUCCUCUUCAGGUAAUGGCACAAAAAGUUCCAGGAAGCUAAAUAUUCUGGUUAUUGUAGUUCCAACCGUAGUUGGAGCUUCAGUUGUGUUCGUUGCUAUUCUACUUUUGUUCUUCUGCUGGAAGAGUAAAACUAAUGUAUUUGUGGCACCAAACUCCACCACAACGCAACCUAGCAAGGCCACCAAUCAAGACAAUCCACAUAAACUGGUGGCUAAAAAUGUUGUCAAUAGCAGCACAUCUACCAGUGGAUUCCAGAGCAUAGCGAGCAGCGGUACAGGUAGUACACAUGCCAUAGAUUCAGGCAACUUGACGAUACCAGUCCAAGUUCUUCGAAGUGCAACAGGAAACUUUGCCCUUGAUAAUGUGCUUGGUCGGGGUGGAUUUGGUGUGGUAUACAAAGGAGAGUUGCAUGAUGGGACGAUGAUAGCAGUUAAGAGAAUGGAGUCUUCUGUUCUAAGUAACAAAGCUUUGGAUGAGUUCCAUUCUGAGAUUGCAGUGCUUUCAAAGGUCCGACACCGUAAUUUGGUAUCUAUUCUGGGUUAUUCUGCAGAAGACAACGAGAGACUUUUAGUAUAUGCGUAUAUGCAACAGGGAGCUUUGAGCAAGCAUCUAUUCCAAUGGAAGCAGCUGGAGUUGGAGCCUUUGUCUUGGAAGAAGAGGCUAAACAUUGCAUUGGAUGUUGCCCGUGGACUGGAGUACCUCCAUAAUUUGGCUCACCAGUCCUUCAUUCACAGAGACCUCAAGUCCUCAAAUAUACUACUAGGAGAUGAUUACCGGGCAAAAAUUUCAGAUUUUGGACUGGUAAAACUUGCACCGGAUGGGAAACAAUCUGUUGUAACUAGACUUGCUGGGACAUUUGGAUACUUGGCUCCAGAAUAUGCUGUGACUGGAAAAAUUACAACUAAAGUCGACGUCUUCAGUUUCGGAGUUGUGCUUAUGGAGCUAUUGACUGGUAUGAUGGCACUGGAUGAGGAACGACCUGAAGAAAGCCAUUACCUGGCAUCCUGGUUCUGCCACAUGAAAACCGACAAGGAGAAGCUAAGGAGCAUCAUUGAUCCAUCUAUUGCUAUCACAGAUGAGACCUUUGAAGGUGUUCCUGUUAUUGCAGACCUAGCAGCCCACUGUGCGGCACGAGAGCCUCACCAGCGGCCUGAGAUGGGGCAUGCAGUAAAUGUACUUGCUUCGCUUGUCGAGAAAUGGAUGCCCAUAAAUGAUGACCAGGAAGAAUAUUUAGGUAUCGAUUUCCAUCAACCCCUUCUUCAGAUGGUAAAGGGAUGGCAAGCUGCUGAUGGCACUACAGAUGUAUGUUCGGCGAGCCUCAAUGACAGUAAAGGAAGCAUCCCAGCCAGGCCUGCUGGAUUCGCAGAGUCAUUCAAGUCUUCAGAUGGCCGGUGAACAAACCUAGCAUGUCGCUCACUCACUUGCUCGUGUCUACUUCUUACAGUAAAUCUUCUUAAACUUAGUAUCCCCCACCCCGGCCUGCGGUAUUCGCAUCUUCCACAUCUGCUGAUGGCUGGCGAAUAAACUCAGUAUCUCAUUUGCUUGCUCUUGUUCCAAAUUAUUUUAGCAGAUAGGUUUUGUCAUUGUUCUGUUUGGUUUUGUCAUAGUCCAAUUGUCUUCUUUGAACAUGGUGUAGAUACAAAAGAGAAAAUGAACUUCUUUGUGGUACCUUGUAUCAAUCUGCAAGCAUUUUAGAUCUGUGAUGCUCCAACUCCACAAUACAUU